AGCGUCCGUGACGUAAAAAGCGUUUCCACAAAAAUGGCGUCCGUCUCAGAACUGUAUGAUGUGACCUGGGAAGAAAUGCGAGACAAGUUGAGGAAAUGGAGGGAAGAAAAUUACAGAAAUAGUGAGCAAAUUGUGGAUGUUGGUGAGGAACUGAUCAAUGAACACGCGGCCAAGCUGGGGGAUGACAUUUGGAUUAUUUAUGAACAGGUGAUGAUUGCAGCGCUGGACUGCAGUCGGGACGACUUGGCCUGGCGCUGUCUACAGGAACUGAAGAGGCAGUUUCCAGGUAGCCACAGAGUGAAGCGAUUAGCCGGCAUGCGGCUGGAGGCUUUGGAAAGGUACGAAGAUGCCAGCAAGCUGUAUGAUUCAAUAUUACAAGACGACCCGACCAACACGGCUGCAAGAAAGCGCAAGAUUGCCAUUCUGAAAGCACAAGGGAAAAGCACAGAGGCCAUCCACGAGCUGAAUGAGUAUCUGGAGCAGUUCGUCGGAGACCAGGAGGCCUGGCACGAACUGUCGGAACUCUACAUCAAUGAGCACGACUAUGCUAAGGCUGCAUUUUGCUUGGAAGAGCUGAUGAUGACCAAUCCCCAUAAUCACCUCUACUGCGAGCAGUAUGCUGAGGUGAAGUACACCCAAGGAGGCAUGGAGAACUUGGAGCUGUCCCGAAAGUACUUUGCCCAGGCGCUGAAGCUGAACAACAGGAAUAUGAGGGCUCUGUUUGGCCUGUAUAUGGCUGCAAGCCACAUCGCCGCCAGUCCCAAAGUGAGCGCGAAAGUGAAGAAGGACAACGUCAAGUACGCGGCCUGGGCGGCCACGCAGAUCAACAGGGCCUACCAGCUGGCUGGUCGGGGAACGAAGGAGGCCAAGUGCUCCGUUAAGGCGGUGGAGGAGAUGCUGGAGUCCAUGCAGAUCACCAUGUCCUGAAGCUCCGCCCACGUUGCCAGUCAGUGGCGAUGGCAGCUCCGCCCCUCAUGCGGGCCCAGGACCACGCCUUCUCACGGUUUCCUCCCCUCGCCUUUUUAUAUUACAAAAUAAAUUAUUUACUACCAAGUCAAAGCCUGUACAAGGAUAGGUAGAGCAUUGUAAAUUGAAUGUAGACUGUAUCAACGUUAGGUCCUCAGCUGGGCCUGGUGUUGCUGCUCCAUUCUGCUUUUGAACCUUGCUUGUUUGUUAACGAAAUAACCUUAUCAUGUUUUUUUUUUUUUUCUUUUUUUUUGCAUUUAUAGUCAGCAUCACACUUGAGUCCAUCAGUUGUCACAAUAAACUAUUGA